CUCUUGGGACUACUCUCUACCUAGGUUAUCAAUUUAUAUAUAUUUGCUUGCUUCCCUCUCAUUGAUGUUAUUUUUCUGUUGUCUUUGAAAUCUCAAUUGAAUUCUAGCCCAGUGGCAAAAGUCUCACAGCUACUCGCGAAUCCAAGUUACUCGUAUUCGAAGAGGCAUCCGCACCUCACCACUCACCAUCAUGCCGUCAAACCUCAACUCCGUGUUCCCCGCAACGGAUCCUGAGUUCAUAUCUUUUCCAAGCAGGAGAAGUGUGGUUCACAGUACGGAGGGAAUGAUCGCAUGCACUCAGCCUCUGGCCGCAAGAUGUGGUCUCAAAAUCCUCGAUGCUGGUGGAAAUGCUGCUGAUGCAGCAGUUGCUGUUGCUGCCGGCCUGAAUCUGACAGAGCCAACAUCAACUGGGAUUGGUGGUGAUAUGUUCUGCCUCUUUUACAAUGCUAAGACCAAGAAGAUCCAGGCUCUGAACGGCUCGGGCCGUGCAGGCAUGAAGUGCACUCUUGAAAAUAUUCGAAAGGAUUUGGGUUUGAAGGAUGGAGAGAAAGGAGACAUUCCUUUGCAUAGCGUCCAUGCAGUCACAGUGCCUGGUGCAGCAGCGGGAUGGGCUGAUACCGUUGAAAGAUUUGGGAGUGGAAAGUUAUCCUUGGAACAAAUCCUAGCUCCAGUUAUUGAAUUGGCAGAGAGAGGCUUCCCAGUUUCUGAGCUUUCGUCCACAAUGUGGAGAAAUGGCGAGAAACUGCUCCAAAAGGCAUCCCCGAAUUUUGCAGAGCUCCUCAAGCAGAAUCCAGACGGCACGUAUCGUGGACCUCGACCUGGUGAGCUCCUCAAGAACCCGAACCUGGCCAACACUUUCCGAACACUCGCCAAAGAAGGAAAGAAAGGUUUUUACACCGGCCGGAUCGCAGAAGCAAUUGUCAAGGUGACCAAGGAUCGCGGUGGAUUUCUCGAACUCGAAGAUCUGCAAAAGCAUCUGGAAUUAGGCAGCGAGCCAGUAGCCCCCAUUUCGAGAAUCUUCAAAGGACAGGGCUACGGCCAGGAUCAGGCAAAGUACGUCGACGGGAUCUCUGGACAGGGCAGUAAUGAAGAUAACACUGGCGUGGAGGUCUGGGAGCACCCGCCAAACGGCCAAGGGAUCGUAGCCCUCAUGGCCCUCGGAAUACUCGAAGAGCUUGAAAAGAGUGGCAAGAUCCCCACCUUCACGAAAGACCAGCACAACUCCGCGGAAUAUCUCCACGCCGUCAUAGAAUCCCUUCGGAUUGCCUUCGCCGAUGCAAGCUGGUGGGUCGCAGACCCUAACGUCUCCAAGGUUCCUGCCGCAGAGCUCGUCUCGGAGAAGUAUCUCGCGGAGAGAGCCAAACUGUUCGACCCCACGAAGGCCAGCGACAAGAUUUACGACCAUGGCAGUCCUGCCCAUAACCAUAGCGACACGGUGUAUUUUGCCGUUACCGACAAGGAAGGCAACGGCAUCUCCUUCAUCAACUCCAACUUCCAUGGUUUCGGCUCGGGCAUCAUCCCCGAGGGCUGUGGAUUCGUGCUGCAGAACCGCGGAGGGAAUUUCCAACUUGAGCCCGGCCAUCCCAAUGCGAUUGCUCCCGGCAAGAGACCCUACCAUACCAUCAUUCCUGCAAUGGUUACCAAUGUCCACGAUGGAAGCCUGCAUUCCGUGUAUGGUGUAAUGGGCGGCUUCAUGCAACCGCAGGGCCAUGUCCAGGUCUUACUGAACAUGUUGGCCUUCAAGUACAACCCUCAGGCAGCUCUCGACGCCCCCCGAUUCUGUAUUGGAGCCGAGGGCAUCCCGGGCGAUGGCAAUGGGAGGAAGGUCUUUUUGGAGGAGGGCAUCAGUGAGGAUGUGUGCGAGCAGUUGAGGAAGAUGGGACACCAAGCAGAGAUCGUCACAGGGUAUGCGAGAGGCGUGUUCGGCAGGGGCCAGGUCAUUAGGUCACACGUAGAGGAUGGAACGGCCGUUUACUCAGCUGGUAGUGACCCGAGAGGAGACGGAGCUGCGUUCCCCGGAUAGAUAGUAUGGGCAUAGCGAGGUUUUGGUCAAUGUGCCAGUUCUCGACGCUAUGUGUUCUGGUUUGGUGACCUGAAAUAUACCCUUCAUUUCUGCAACUUGCUCUAAGUUAAAUCAAAAUGAACCUUUCAACAC